AUGAAAGUGUGCGCUCUGUUGCUGGGCUACUUUUUUGACAAAAAGCCGUUCUAUGUCUAUCGCAUCGUCGAUUCCGAUCUGCUCCUAUUCAAGUUGGCCGACAUUUCCCUUCUAUUCAGUGUGCCUCACCUGCCACAACAUCACAUGCUCGCCACCAAUGUGCUCUCCAGUUCACCUCAUUGCUAUCGUGACUCCAAAGAUCUUUAUCUCAGUACCAAGUUGCUCGGCGAUACAGCCGUUUCUCUCAACAAGUAUCUCUUGGCUGAAUUCUGCAAGCUAAAGCCGAACGACUACAGUGCUGGAUUAGCCGAUUCGAUCUUGAAUGCUAUAUCACGGUUUGAACGUGUGGAUAAGAUUGGUGAUUGGGUAUCCAUGGAUCUAUCAAUCACUUGCAGUGCAGAUGGCACCAAUGCAUCAUCAUCAACAACAACACCUGCUAUCUCUACAACAUCACGCACCAAUAAUACGGAUGAUAACCCUCCUCCUCCUGCUGCUGCUGCUGCUCCCAAAUCACCUAAUCUACGUCCAAUCAAGGCAGAACCAUUAUCUCCCCCAUCGUUCGUUCCAGCAUCUCCUUCAGGAGGAAAGCAAGCAAAUAACAGGACCGAUGAAAAUGAGACAACAACGGCAACAGCAACAACGGCAACCAAUCCAAUGGCUUUGGAUAAGGUACUUUCGGAUGUGAAUGGAUCGCGACAUCGUAGUGGAUCUGCAUCCGAACAUCCAAACAAGAAACAACGUUUAGAAGAGCCGAGCAACAACAACAACAACAACAAUAACAGCAGCAGCAAAAAGGAUUCUAGUGGAGGUGGAGGUGGAGGAGGAGCACCACGAGCACGUGUACGAAAUGUGUUGCCAAAGCCGGUGCAUACAGUGAGCUCUCAAACACAAGUGUCUAGCAGCAAUGGUAGUACGACACCCUCAACGGCAUCAUCAGGGCCUACCAUCAAUGGUGCACGUGCGCCAUCAUCUUUGUUAUCCAAGCGACUUUUAUCCAAGCAGGGCAAGAAUGCACGCAACUUGACUAUCUUUGCACCGUCGUACAAUGGUCAACUAGGCAUUCGAUCUGCACCUCUCAAUUCCAACUUCUUCCAGCAACAGCAACAAGGACAAGGAGGUACGAGUCAUCCACAUCACCCACAGCAACAACAAGCGCAUGCAGCAGCACAUCACCAGCACUCGUUGCAUCCAUCAUCACGCCAACAACAAGGUGGUGGUGGUGGAUAUUAUUACCCACCUCAAGCUACCACACAAAAUGGGCCACGUACAAGUUUACUUCAUCCGGGACAUCAUCAUCAACAAUCAUUGGCACCAUUGUUAUCACCAUUGACAGCAAGAGCUGCUGCUACCGGUAGAGAUCAUUCACCACACAAGCAAGAAUUUGCUAUUCCACCCAUUGUUCCUUCACAGCAACAACCUCCCAUGACAGCCCAUCCAUCCUCGUAUCAUCAUCAUCAUUAUGCGGCCUCGCCCAUGUAUAAUCCACAACAACAGCAACAACAACAACGUGGUGUCCAUCAUGGUUAUACAAAUGGUACUAAUACUGCAACCAAUUCACGUGAAGCUCCACCACCACCCAUGCCACCACAAACACCUACUACAACCACUGCAGCUGCCAAUUCUUCAUCCUUGCAACGACAACAAUUCUUACAACCCUUUGAACAACUCUUUGAAACCAUUGAAACAACACGUACUCUCAAGAGCACAUUGGAUGAACAAAUUCGGCGGUCUUCUACUUUGAUGCAGACACUGCAAGCAUCGUCCACGACGAUCGAGGGACUUGUGCGUAACCAGAUCAAGGAAGCACAAAAAGAAUUGAUGGUGGAAUUGGAUGGGGCACUCGAAAGUAUUCUUGGUCGGAUUGAGAAAUUGGAGCAAUCAGCGGGUGGUAAAGAUAUCGAACCUGCUGCAUCCUCGUCUUCGGGUGAACAACAACAACAAGAGACUUCGAAGGUUAGUAAUGGCGAACAUCAUCACCAGCACCAGCAAACACCACUACCAGCACAAGCACAAGCACCCGUAGUAGUACAGCAACCCAAUGGAAAUGGUGUGCAUACAUUACAAAGUCCACCUACGAUUGUACGCUCACAAAAUGAUAUUGGACCACACGAGUACCAUGAUUUACUUGAUGCAUUACGAGAACGGUUGGAGCGUCUUGAAAGACAAUUUGAUCAUUAA